UUGAACCUGCAUCGCACUUAAACCAAGACAACGUAGCAGAAAUUGAAAAGGGAGACCACGUAUGUCUAUAAAGUCGGGAUUAAAACAUGCAGAUACGAGCAGAAAGAUAGGAAUCCCCCACGCAUAUAAAAAUAGGUCGACACGCAGGUUAUGUAAUAAGUACGGGACGAGGGUUGUUUACUUGUUAUUGCCGUUGAAACGUAGCCUGAUUUUUUUUCUUUUUUACAAUGGGUCGAAUAUGUUAUUUAAACCAAUGAAAUCUUCUCAACGUAUAUACAUUGUUGUUGACUUUGCAGAUUCAUGCAUUCCUCGCCAGGACACUGUGGAAAAUAUGGGAGUCGAAUUCAUUACUGUUUACAGUAACCCGCGUGAUGAUAAGCAGUUCUUCUCUGCCGCAGGUUUUACCUUCAAAUUGAAUUUAAAUACAAUAACACAUUUGACAAGUGGUGUCAACGCGAGACUGGGUCGAUGGUCGGGUCCUCCCGCGCCGCGAUAGGCCGUCCCUCCCCGUCGCUCACCUCUCUAUGGCCAAUGAGCACAAUGAGUUGAGGGCGAGCUUCGAGAUUGGCAGGGAAGGCUCUCCCAGGCUGCAACGCCUUUAAUGACUGUGUUUUUUUUCUACUUCUUUUUUUAGAGCCAGCCGAGGCUGAGUGUAGCAACGUCACAUGUUGUUUUCCUCAAACACUCGCAGUGAGCCGUCAUGUUCAUCCAUCGCUGCGGACCGGAACGACGCGCAUCCCGAAUAUAGUUUGUUUCAUGCGGUUUAUUUCGUGUUUUUGGAUCUCUUUUUUUAAGAAGAUAGUGUAAUAAGUUUUGCGCCUGGUAAAAGGUAAACGUUGGACAACAACAACAACAACAACAAAAAUGGCAAGUCCUCCCGCGACGGGUGGACACCUGUUUACGAACAACGUCAAAAAGUGCGGAUACCUUCGCAAGCAGAAGCACGGCCACCGACGGUUCUUCGUUCUGCGGGAGCACGGCGACUGCUCUCCCGCGAGACUCGAGUACUACGAGAGCGAGAAGAAAUGGAAGAACAAAUCCGCCGCGAAACGGAUCAUAACUUUAGACUCUUGCCUGUGCGUCAACAAGCGGGCGGACGCCAAACACAAGCACCUCAUCGCCCUCUACACCAAGGACGAGUACUUCGCCGUGGCGGCCGAGAACGAGAAGGAGCAGGAGUGCUGGUACGGGGUCCUGUCGGAGCUCAUCACCGAGGGCAAGAUGUUCGACAGCCCGGCGUCCACGUCGUCAUUGGUGGGCUUCGAGGAGGCGAACUACGGGCUCGUCACGCCCGCCACCUCCGUGUAUAGGGAGGUAUGGCAGAUCAAUUUGAAAUCCAGAGGACUGGGUCAGAUCAAGAAUCUGACCGGAGUGUACCGACUGUGUUUGUCCAGUCGCACGAUCAGCUUCGUGAAAAUAAACUCUGACGUGGCGGCUGUCAGCUUGCAGCUCAUGAAUAUUCGACGAUGCGGCCACUCGGAUACUUUCUUCUUCAUCGAAGUGGGCCGUUCCGCCGUCACGGGGCCCGGGGAGUUCUGGAUGCAGGCGGAGGACUCUGUGGUGGCGCAGAACAUCCACGAGACCAUCCUGGAGGCGAUGAAGGCGAUGAAAGAGCUGUCGGAAUUCCGACCGCGCAGUAAAAGCCAGUCCGCCAGCACCAACCCCAUCUCCGUCCCCACGCGACGCAACCUCAACAACCUCCCCCCGAGCCAAACUGGUCUCGUGCGGAGAUCCAGGACCGACAGCGUCGCCGCCACGUCCCCGGGUCGCAAGUUCACGUCCUGUCGGAUCCGAACGGCCAGCGAGGGUGACGGUGGCAUGGCCCGCCCGGUGUCCAUGUCCAUCUCUCUGAGCGAGAGCCCCACCAGCCCCCACUGCGGUCCCUCCCACUUGAUCCGCUCGGCGACCCUGAGCAGCGGCCGGACGUGCCGGAUGCUGGACUCCAACCUGCACCACAGCCGCUCCAUGCCCGUCUCGCACUCCCCUCUGGCGGGGUCCAGCCCCAUCAGCAUGUCCCCGUGCAGGGGCGCGCCCGCCAACAACGCCUCCACCCCCGACCUCAAGGCCCGCCGCCCCUUCAGCUGCAGCGCCUCCAUCUCGGGCUCCCUGAGCGACACUGGCUUCAUCCUGGGGGAGGAGUUCGGCUGCAGCCCCGGAGACCCCCGCUUCCUGCCGCUGACCCGCAGCGACACGCCCGACUCCCUGUGCAGCACGCCGCCGUCCCGGGACCCCGGCGAGCCCCUCUGCGGGUACAUGAUGAUGGAGGGGACGGGCCCCCGCGGCCGGGGGGGGGCUGACACCGACGACGACAAGGCGUACCGGAAGCGCACAUACUCCCUGACCACGCCGCGGCAGCACCGGCCGGUGGCGCAGGCGCUCUCCUCGGCCUCGCUGGACGAGUACACGCUGAUGCGCACGGCGGCGGCGGCGCAGCUCUCGGCCUCGCCCAAAGUGGCGUACCCGGAGGACUACGGCGCCGUGGUGAUCGGCGCGGCGCCCUCGCCGCCGUCGUCGUCGUCGUCGUCGUCCCCGACGCCGCGCAGCCUCGACGACGGUCACCGUGGCAACGGCGGCAACAACAACAACCACCACCACCGCCGCCAGGAGGAGGACGGCGGCUACGUGCCCAUGACACCGGGCGCGGCGGUGGCGGCGAGGGCGGACGGCAAGGCGGACGACUACAUGCCCAUGAGCCCCAUGUGCGUGUCGGCGCCCAAGCUGAUUGUCAACCCCCGGACGCACGACGGCGGCCGCAAGGCGGGGUCCCCGGGCGGCGGUGGCGGUUCGUCGGAGGACUGCGGCUACAUGAGGAUGUGGCGCGGCGCCGUGGACAGCCCCGACGGCCGCGCCCAGGCCCCGCUCGGCGGGGAGUACAUGAACAUGUCGCCGGGCAACCCGCCCCCCCUGCAGACGCCGCCCGACUACUACUGCCUGGGCCCCCUGCCGGGAGCCGCGGCCACGGGCAGGGGGCCACAGCCCGCCCGGGCGCAGACCCCCCGGGCCAAGGAAGCGACGCCCCCGGCGGCGGCGGCCAAGUACGUUCUGAUGAGCCCCCAGAGCCAGCGGCCGCAGGGCGGGGAGGCCGACUACUACGCCGUGAUGCAGCCGGCCCCGGGCUCGCCGGCGCACUUGGCGGCGGCGGCGGCGGCGCCCUCUCCAGCACGCCAGGGUCGCCCCGAGGGCGGCCUGGCGUUCCGGCCGCGGCCGGGUCGGCCCAACCGGCUGGCGCUGGACGCUGUGAGGACGCUGCCCAGCAUGAACGAGCACCCGGCGCCCGGCGAGCCGCGCAGCCCGGGGGAGUACAUCAACAUCGACUUCGACGGCCGCCGGUGCUCGCCGCCCUCGCCGGCGGCCGCCGGGGGCGGGGCCUCGGCGGGGGGCCCGCGGCGGACCCCGCUGUCGGGCUACAUGAACCCGGAGCCGGGGGCGCACUCGCCCCGGGAGGCGGCGGAGGCCGGCCUGCCGCAGCCGGACGAGCUCCCGGAGGCGUCCAUGUGUCCGUUCCAAGAGGGGGGCGGGGCCUACCGACGGGACGGGGGACAGAAGGCCCCAGAGGCCAAGAGCGAGUACACGGAGAUGACCUUUGGCCCCCCGGGCCCGCCUCUGCAUGUCGUCCGUCCGACCCCGGCAGCGGGCCCGAGCGGCGUCGGGGACCGGAGCCUCUCCAUGGAAGACCCGAGGCUCCCGGAGGUCCUCGGGGCCUUCCUGCUGGGGGCCUCGCCCCCCCCGGACCCGGACCGCGCCGCCAAGGUGAUCCGGGCCCACCCCCAGGGCCGGCGGCGCCACAGCUCCGAGACCUUCUCGUCCACGGCCACCGUCACGCCCGUCCCGCCCUCCUUCGCCGCGGGCGCCGCCGGCGCCGCCCUCCGGCGGCACAGCUCCGUGGAGAACGUGUCGUCGCGGAGCAGCGAGGGGUCCGACGAGGAGUGCGGCAGCCCGCCCGGCCCGCCCACCACGUUCGCGGCGGCGGCGUCCGGCGGCGGCGGCGGCGGCUUCCACCGCAGCGGCCUCAGCAGCUACAUGGCGCUGAACCUGCUGGAGAAGAACGCCGGCGCCGAGAAGCUCAAGGACGCGGGCGGCUUCAAACCCGCCAACAGCUGCAAGGGAGGGGUCAGUGGAUUACACGCGGCGCCCUACGUCUGUCUGGGGUUCAAGGAGGCGGCCACCACUGCACAAGACUGAUGGCUGAACUCUGACCUCUGUGACCCCCCGCACCCCACACACAACGUACCACCUGC